AUGACUGACCAAGAAAAGAUUUACGAUGCCAAACUGACCUCCGACUUAUAAAAAAAAUGUUCAAAAACAAAAGACAGGAUUAAAAGAGAGAGAAAGCAAACUGGCACGCAACCAACUCAACCAAUACCCGUAGUCCAGCAACACAAAAUUACACACCUCAAGUAAGAUCGCAAAAAGAAGAAUGCUGAAUUACAGACUCCCCCAAGAGAGGAGUAGUAGCAGAACCAAGAACCAACCUUACUCAAAUAAUUACCAAUAUCCUGCGAAUAAUUAGUUCUCCCAUCCGAUCACUCUUCUGAAUUCAAUCCUAAGAUCAAACCCAAGAAAUCCAAAAAGUUUCGUAGACCUCACAAACAUAUCGAUUUAGAAGACUCCUCUGAUGAAGCUCAAUACAAAAGUAAGCUCAUCCUCAAGAGAGUCAACAAAAUCUUCAAAAAGUCCUAUGAAUAAAAAUAAAUCCUAUCUUCUGGCAGCGAGUAAGAAAACUUAGUAAAGGAAUUAUUCAGAAAUAUUUAUGUCAAGAUAUUUGAAGACAUUCCAGUGACUGCUGCAGAGUUGAAACAAUUUGCCCAACCUGAAAAUUCUACAGGAUAAGAAGGCGAGGGUAAAUUAUUGGAAGAUGAACAAAAAUUAGAAGAAGAACCCUUAAGAAUUUUAACUGAAGAUGGUACAGAUUUUGAAACUAAACGCAAUUUGAAACUGUUGGGAAUUGAGAAUUAAAAAAUACUAUCAAAAUUAGGUGAAAAUUAAAUCUUACAUCAAUUGUGA